CACCAGAACAUACCAAGUGCAAGAGACAAUAGACUAUGGAAGACUUUUAAACGUAUUAAAACGACAAAACUGGGGUGUAUGUACAUAAACCAGGAGUAACCCACACGUUUCUAAUUUGACGCACCUUUCACAGCGGAGGCGAGCGAUACCAAAACAGUUGGAAAAUGAACCCGUCUCCCCCUCCCCCCCCACCGCUACUUUUAAUGAGCUGACGCGGUUCCCCGGCCUCCGCCUCUUUCCGUUCUUCUGAAACCUACACGCGGACAGUAACACAAAAAGAACGGAAAGAAGUCACAGUUUGUCUUAACUGGUCGGUAGCCCUGUUCUGUUGGUGAAGACGUGAGAACACCUGAGCAACCCCCCCCUCCCCGUAUCGCGCCAUGGACCCACCCAAGGCGGCGCACCCUCACGAUCCCAGUCAGGCGGACCGUACCACCUUCGAGGCCGCGGCGGGGGGAGAGGUCGUUGAGGAGGGUGACGGGGUGAACGGGCUGGGGGCGGAGCCGGUGUGGUUUGAGCACAGCGCCUACGCGCGGGCGGAGAGCUCCUACCAGCGCUGGCUGGCCGAUCAGGGCCAGGCCCCGGGUUCCAGCGGUCGCCACGGCGACCCGGCGGCGUGUCACCGGCAGGUGUUGCCCACGUGGGUGAACGAGGGGGCCCGCCUGCCGGACUUCGGCCCGGCCGAGCCGCGCCCCUUCCUGGAGCUGUUCCGCAGCGCCCCGCCCGCCCCCGGCCCUGGCCCCGCCCCCGCCCCCGCCCCCGGCCCCAGGCGCCGGUCCCGGAGCGGACAGCCACGCCCGGCGGCCGAACGGCGGAGUGACGCCGGGGCGGAGAGACCUCCCGAACCCCCGGAGCCGGGCCCCCACGCCGCCGGCCACGCCCACCGCGGCCACGCCCCCUGGAGGAGAGGGGGCCCCCCGAGGGGGAGGGGCCACAGGUGGCACCGGAAGAGGUGGUACUCCGAGGGGGAGGGCGGAGGGUCUCCGUGGCAACAGCAUUACCCCCACCACAGGAUGAGUGCGGUGCAGUACCUGGCUCAGGAGAAGGUCUGGGUUGAUAAGUCUCGUUACGACGAGGCGGAGCGGCGCUUCUAUGAGGGGGUGAACGGCCCCUCCCACUCCUCACAGGAUAGAGGCGCUGAUAUGAUCCUGCAGGACAUUGCCAGAGCUCGUGAGAAUAUCCAGAAAUCUCUCGCAGGACUGAAGACAGCAGGGCGAGCAGGCAGGAGCUCUCACCACAGCAGGGCCCGGCACGGUGGACCUACGGCACUGUAUGCUGCAGGGGACCAGGGUGAACUUGUGACCCGCAUGAGGAGCUUGGAGCUGGAGAAUCAGAGUCUACAUAACGUGGUGCAGGAUCUACGCUCUGCUCUUCUUAGCCUGGAGUCCCGGGUUGCUCUGCUGGAGAGAACACCUGACACAGCUCAACCUGUCCAGAUCGCUCCUGUCCAUCAGUCGAAGGUCAGCGCUCCAGUGGAGGAGGAGGAGGAGGAUGAUGACGAUGAUCUGGACCUGUUCGGCAGCGAUGAAGAGGACGAGGAGGCGGAGAGGAUCCGUGAGGAGCGCGUGAAACAGUACGCCGAGAAGAAGGCCAAGAAGCCCGCCCUCAUCGCCAAGUCCUCCAUCCUGCUGGACGUCAAACCGUGGGAUGAUGAGACGGACAUGGCUCGGCUGGAGGAGUGUGUUCGCUCAGUGCAGGCUGAUGGGCUGCUGUGGGGCUCCUCUAAGCUGGUGCCGGUGGGCUACGGCAUCCGGAAGCUGCAGAUCCAGUGUGUGGUGGAGGACGACAAGGUGGGGACCGACAUGCUGGAGGAGGAGAUCACCAAGUUUGAGUACUACGUCCAGAGUGUGGAUGUUGCUGCUUUCAACAAGAUCUGACCCCCCCCCCCCCUUACUGCGGCUGCAACACGGUUACAAAUAAAGAUCUCAGCUCAG